AUCUACUGCUCCGGUCUGGCUCCGAAGUCGCAGUUGUCCGCCCCGGGGGAUCCGGGCCGCGCCGCUCGGGGCUCAGGAAGAGCGAGUCGAUAGCCGAGGAAGCGGUUGAGCGAGCAGCCGACACCGGCUGAACUGGCUGGAGGAAAGUCAUUAAACAAGAGCAGCUGGGUUAUGUGACUGGAGUCCCAACAGGCAAAUUUUAGUACCACCACCAGUUAAAAGGGCCUUAGUCCAUGUGUUUGGAGAACACAAGUCCAGGCAUGUCUGGUGUACAUUACUGAGUCUCCAGGCAAGGUUGAGCAAUUCCCCUGGUGUGGCCUUAUGCAGGUAAGUCAUUGAAUUGUAGCUCCCUUGCUGGACAAUGCCUGUUAAUGGUUGUUUGACACCCGUUGUUUGACAUUGGUUACUUUCCUUGGCAUUGUCUCUGGAGAGCUAGUAUCUGGGCGCUUCCCAAAUCCACAGCAUAUUUUAGUGACAGCCAGACUACAUGAUUCUUAUAACUUCGUAUGCAUUAACGAUGUACAUAUUUUGAUAGAACAGUGACUUUCAGCAGAUCAUAACCUUUCUCCUGAUAGCUCACAUGUCCUGCUUUAUAUGCAAUAUCAUGGUUAUAUAUAAAUGAGGAACAUGGGGUUUACAGGGUGCUCCCCCAAGGUAUAGAAUCAUAGAAUAUCAGGAUUGAAAGGGACCUCAGGAGGUCAUCUAGUCCAACUCCCUGCUCAAAGCAGGACCAAUCCCCAAUUUUUGCCCCAGAUCCCUAAAUGGCCUCCUCAAGGAUUGAACUCACAACCCUGGGUUUAGCAGGCCACUGCUCAGACCACUGAGCUAUCACUCCCCCAAUGUCACACAGGUCAGUACAGGAGUUUAAAUAGAAGUUAGGGUUUUUAGAAACAGGUGGAAUAAGAAACCACUUCUGUUUGAGUUCCUCAUCAUAGCUUGUCCAUCUGAAAUUGCAGCCAAGACCUGGUAUUGUCACUUACCUUUAAUAGUUCCUCAGGAGUACAGGAUGUGUUUGCCUAGGCUCUCAACAAUCACAUUUGGGUUCAUUCUUCAGCUUCCACUUGGUCACAUUGUUACCAGUCUUUGCCACUCUAGCUUUCUCUCCAUUUAGAGCAUAUCAGUAUUGUCAUUUGAGGCCAGUGCCUCUGGGAGUUGUUCUAAAGAAACUGGAUUCUCCAAGAUCAUCUGCAUUUCCUGCCAUUUUGUUACACUGUAGCCUUCCACAGUAGUAUUUUGGGGCAAGGGACUUUCAGAGGCAAAGCUCUUUCUGGACUUCAGCCUCUUGCAUAGUGGAAUGUGUCCAUGCAGUAUGUGUCUUGGGGAGACAACCAGGUGCAUGUUCCCUUUUAUUGAAGGCAUCCCACUUCACUGAUGGUGGUGCAGUCCCUGCAAGGCAGUAUAGCGACAGUCUGGGAGUUGGUUUCAAAGUUCCUGUGAUAAUCCUACAGGAUUAAUUGAGUUGAGUAUCAAUUUGGUGUGUAUGGUUUGAGUGUAUCUGGACUGGAGCACAGUACUCUGCAUUUGAGUAAUAGAGUGUGAAACAGAUUGCUCAGAGUGUUUUGGGAUCAGCUCCCCAUUUUAUGUUGGCCAGUUUCUGGAGAACACAAUUUUGGGAGUUCACUUUCUUUUUCAAUUUCUUGGUGUGCUCUUUGAAUGUCAGCAUUUGGCCUAAUGCAGUGGUUUUCAGCCCAUGGGCUGUUUGCAGCCCAAUCAGCUCACAGCUGCGGCCCAUGUGACAACCUCAGGGCCAUAUAGGUAGUGUGUGUAUAUAUAUAUAGUGUGUGAAUACUGCCCACAUAACACAGAGAGCUCCAUAUGCUGCCCACAAUGGCAAAUAGGUUGAGAACCACUGGUCUGAUGUGACCCCAAGAUACACCGGAUGUUCAUAGUGCUCAAGGAUUGUACCAUCCCACAAUAUCUGGAGUUUUCGUUUGGCUUGAUGGUGUUUUGGGUGAAAGGUGCACACUUGUGUCUUGCUAGGGUUGGCAUUCAAGAACCAUGUGAAAGUAUUUUUCAAUGGGGACAGUUAGAAUGCGUUCGGUGUCCUCAAAUAUUUCCAUUUGGGUGGCGAUACAAAGAUCAUCUGCAUAAGUAAAUCUUUGCAUGUUGGGGAAUUCUAGCUGGUCAUUUGUGUAGACAUUUAACAGCAAGGGUGAUAGCACUGAACUGUGGGGCAAUCCACUCCGUUGAGUACACCAUCGACUUUUCUGCCAUCCAUCUUGACAAGAACAUCAGUUCGAGAGCAAGGAGGAGAUGACUACUAUCAUGUUAUUUCUCAGAAUUCUUGCCAAUUCAGUAGAAGUGCAUAGCGGUUCCCAGUGUCAUAAGAAGCUGAUAGCUCAACAAACACAGCCCUUGUAAUUUUGCAGAUUUUGAAGCCAUUUUAGAUGUAUUGAAUUAGGUUUGCAACUUGGCCGCAGCAUGAACAUCAUGGGUAGAAACUGGCUUAGUCUUCAGUCAGUUACGCGUCCACUAUUGGUGCUAUUCUACCCAUUAUCAUCUGCUCCUGGGUUGAGCAGAGUAAGGAUAUUGGGAGGUAACUCUUUGCAGAGUGAGGGUCUUUAUGUAGUUUAAGUAGUGCACUUUGGCCUGUCUCUACACCCUGGGUAUAUGCAUUAUCUCCAUCCAAGAGUUAAAGUCAAACAUCCAUUUCUGUACUCUCGUCCUGAGGUGCAUGUAGUAAUAAUGGUUCAUUAGCUAUACCAUCGAGUCCAGCUCUCUUUCUGCAUUUCAGGGUUUUCAUGGCUAUUGUCAACUUCUCAGAGUUGAGCUGCUCAUUGUGGACUUUGCUGUCUCCUAGCAAGCAAAGUUCCUGCUUGACUUGUUUCAUUCUGCACUUUGGUUUGUGGCCUGGUUUCCCAUUUAGGAUGAGCUGGUGUGCCACUUAGUUGGGAGAGACUGGCGAUGUGCUUUGCUUGUUGUCCAUCAGGGUUCAGCUAGCAAAUGGUGGCGUAUGCUUUUUAGCUAUUAUGGCACAGGUUUGUUGUUUCACUCCAUUCCCUCCAGCGGUUGCGUCGCUUCUCUCUAAUCUCUCUCGUAAGCAUUUUCCCAAGCCCAGUGGUUUCUUCACCAUUCUGAAUAUUUCUUAUAUUGUUGACUUCUCUUUUCUGAAAGCCCAGGUACAUAUAAUGUCCAACAUCCACUGGGGUGUUCUUUUGGGCAGUCUUCCGCAUCAGGGGGACAAAUUCUCCAUGGUGCUUGUGUGUGGAGUAACAUUACAGAUGGAUUCAUCCAAUUCAGAGAGAAAACUUUCCAGUCAGCCUUUCUGAGGUUGAAUCUCGGCAGAAACUCUGUUCAAGCUGAAGAAGCAAGAGUCAUGAUGGACUGGACAAAACCUCUCCAUUAGUAGCAGCAGUGCAAUGAAACUGAGUUUUGAAAAUCAUGCUGCUGCACAGUUGGCUUCUUGCUGAUCCAAUCCAUUGUUGUGCUUAACCCAAGAAAUAUCAAUGUUUAAAUGGGAACCAAGGCAUCCUUAAAACAGUGCUAUACUUUGUGAUGGUUUUUGGGGUACCCAAGACUGUGAGUUACCUUGUUUUCCCCCCCACCCUCAGUGUGAGGGGAACUUGCUUGUGCUUAGUUGAGUGUCUGCUCCCUGCACCCACCAGCCUGUUAGCCACCCAAGCACUCUCCUCUGGGCUAUGCUAGCCCUUAUUUUGCUUAGCAGGUUAAUAGUAAGGACUCCGUAGUCCUUGAGUCCCUUUGAAGCUUUCCCGUGUAGUGCCCAGCCCCUUAUCCACUGAACACUGAUAGAAAUACCAGGUCUGCUGUCCCCAAAGGAACAGUAUAUGCACCAGCUUGUAUGAUUCAGCUCAGGAUCAGUACCUAACUUAAAUACUACAGCACUGAGAUAAAGUGAAACCAAGGAUAAGUUUAUUACCAAAGAUUCAAGGGGUAGUGAAUGAGAAUUUUGGAAACAAAUGGGUACAUAUCAAACAAAAUUAUAACAUGCUUUCUAGAGGCUAAAUUUAGCUAACAGUUUAAUGUCCUGUCUAAAGAUGUUUAUCUCACCCCAAAGUCCUCGGCAGCACUUCAAGAAAUUGGCUGAGAUCUCAUAUUCAUGAAUGUUAACUCACUGUCUGUUUAAUUCCUAGGUGCAGAAUAAGGGGGUGUCUUCUUUGCCUUUUACUUAUGCUCCCCAAACUUCAUUGUCUGAACUCACAGAAAGGAUAACCACCUGUGGCUUAUUUUUCCUGCAUGGUGCUUCCCUAUUGAUUACACAUCUCUUUUUUGACUUUGUAUAUACAUAGGUUUCCAUUGUGUUAGCUUACAAUGCUUAAUUUACAUCCUGACAGAGAGACAAGUGAAUAAAUGUCUCUUGUUUGACACAAAUCUGUUUUUUAAUCCUCUGCUGGUGACUCAUACCUUGAUACAGACGCGAAGAACAUAUGAUCAGUAUAUAUACAUAACUCUCUGCCUAGUAGCUGUACGUACAUUGCACAAUGAUUUUAAUGACCAUUGUGACCCUGGCUUUUAUUUAAAAAUUCUAUUGAACAGCUAUAUUACAGCUUUUCACACAGUAUUCUUUGGUGAACCAUAAUGUGCGUACCAGAAUCAGGACAUUCCAGCUGGCAUUAAUAAGUUCUUGGGUCACACAGUUAAAUUCAUAUCAUAUUACAAAUGAAAUUAUGGCUGGAUUUGUUUUUAAAUGUAAAACCCAUUACCAAGAGUGUGACUGAUUUCUAUUUUUUUAAAUGUAGGUACAGUCUGUUCUAAGCAAUGUUUGCAAAUGAAAUGGCUGAGGCAGCCUGCGUAAUUGGACACAAAAGGCCCCAUAAAUGUAAUGAAGAAGUGGAAGAACCACAGAAAACUAAAAAGAAAAGGAAGGUAGAUGAAGACGCUUGCCAAAACCAGCACAAACGGAAGGAGAAGAAAUCCCGCUUGUCAGCUGGGUUGUUUGGUGAGGAUUGUGAAAUCAGACAUGAACAGGUGUAUGAGUUCCUAAAGUACGCAGCUUUGGGAAAACGUCACAAUGCAACUCAACCCAGCUGGUGCCGUAUUUAUCACCAAAGACACCUGGCUAAGGUUGUGGUUAUUGUUCUGCAGGAAGUGAGCCAGCUCUAUUUCUACAAGUUCUAUUUGCAGUUCAAACAUCUCAGAAGGGCAUUUCAACAUAGAUUCAGUCUACCACCUACUUCAGCUAAUUUUAUAGCUAGUGUGUGUGGAGAAGGAAUAAGUAUGAAACAUCAGAACAGCAUGCAAGGUUCAGCUUCUGCCUAUAGUGGACACAUUCCUAAGAACUCAGACCUGCAAAAAGACCCUAUCAUUGAGAAAUAUGGCGAGGAAAAGCAUGGGCUGACCAGCUAUAUUCUAACCUUGGAAGAGAUGAGAAAAUAUGAUUAUCCUUUAGAAGGAUCCCCUGGAUGUGGGAAUUAUGUCUACACACAAUGUGAGAGCCCGAGAACAGACAGCAGUCCCCUCUUUGGGCUGGAUUGUGAAAUGUGCCUCACUGAGAAGGGGAAUGAAGUAACUCGAGUCUCAUUGGUGGAUGCAAAGGGUCAGUGCAUCAUGGAUGAGCUUAUAAAACCUGAAACCCAGAUACUGAACUACUUCACCAGAUACUCAGGAAUCACAAGGAAGAUUCUUCUUCCAGUGAAAACAAAACUCCCAGAGAUUCAGGACAAACUAAAGAAAUUGCUUCCCUGUGAUGCGGUAUUAGUGGGUCACUCUUUAAAUGCUGACCUCCACGCUUUACAAAUGAUACAUCCCAGCGUUAUUGACACCUCAUUGCUUUUUGCCAGACACAAAGGUCGACGGUUCAAGCUAAAAUUCUUAGCAAAAGCUGUUCUAGGGAAGGAAAUUCAAAGUGAAAAUAAAGUUGGGCAUGAUCCAACAGAAGAUGCUGAAGCUGCACUUGAAUUGCUUCAGUACUUUAUUGACCAGGGACCCAGAAAAGUAGUAGAACUAAAUUUGGAGAUGGUGCUGUCAGCCACAAAUCUGAUGGAGUCGUCACAGCAAAAAUCUGCAUUACAACUGCAACAGAAUGGAGUCCAGAAGCAUUCAAGUGAACCUCCAAGCAUACCCAAACCAUGUUUUUUAGACCAUUUGAACGCUACUGGCCAAAAAACUCUCCUUUUGAGCAGAAAGGAACUAGCCUCCUCUGGCUUGUGUCAGAACAGUCUGAGCACUUCAAACAAACAGAUACUUAAAAGAGCUAUACAAGAAGUUCCUCUGUCCUCAUUCAGUGUCAUUCAGUUCACUUUGCGUUCAGCGCAUGAUGCACCAGACCUCGUUGCUGAAGUUUGUGAAAAGAUGAGAAUCCAGCUAGCUGACAUGCUGACUGUCUAUGCGGGUCCAUUUGAUAAAGACUUUUGCCUGAAGUCUUUAAGGAGAGAAUUUAAGAAGUGUGGUCCUAUCCAAUCACUUACUGUGCUCACUGAAACACACCAGCCCCACAUCCGUAUCCAGUAUGAAGUAUUAGAAGCUGCUCAACUUGCUAUGGAAAGUCUAAAUGGAGCUGAUGUUGCAGGGUCCCACAUUAAGGUUCAGAGACCCGUCACUGUGAUGAUGCUAGACUGUGACAUACUGAUAAAAGAGCUAGAAAUGGAUAUUGAAAAUGAAGGUGUGAUUUAUGUGGCGGGGGUGAAGAAAACCCUAACUGAUACAGACUUGCAAGAGAAAUUCAGUCAUUUGAAAGACCUGCAAGCUCUUUUCUGGCCUAGGGAUCUCAAAAGUGGGAAGCACAGAAAUUACUGUUUCCUGAAGUUUCAAACCUCAGAAAGUGCCCUAGAGGCUCUUCAAGAUAUAAACAGGCAAGGAGCUAAAGGCAGCCAACUGCAAAGUAGGAAAGCUCUCACUUCUAGCCACCUCCACAGAUGGAUUUGUCACAUGGACUAUAAUGAUGGGAAGCCUAUUCAGCUGGUACAUCACAGCCUACACAUGAAAAAGGAACAACUAUCUACCUCUGAGCAAGACAUAAGGAAAAAGCUGAAGAAGUUAGACCGCAGUAUCAAAAAGCUUUAUAGAAGUCUGGAGAAUAAUACACUUUGUGUCGUUCUGUUGCCAGGUGUGAACAGUGUUUAUGGAUCAUUCUCUGGCCUUGGUCUGAUGGGAAUAAAGGAAGAAAGCAGGAGUAGUGCCUGUUAGACUGCCAGGUUUUACAAACAUCUUUUAAGAUUUUUUUAAAUUAAUUCUGUCCCCCAAGAACAAUAGGCUCUGCCCAUGUACUUUUUUAACAUUCAAAAAUAAAAAUUCAAAACGGUUAGUGCAACAA